AUGGGUCGAAUCUUGGAUGAGAUCGCGUUACGGAAUCUCGAUGCAAAAGAUGGCUUGUCUCAGUUCCACCGAUUGACGGCCGAUCUCGAUCGUCGCAGCAUACCUUUGGACGAAGAGAUAUAUGUACGAUUUCUCAGCAUUUACGGCAAACUAGGAAUGCUGGAUAUGAUUUUACCCUUGCUUAAUGACAUGGAAAAGCGGGCCGUUCGACCUGAUAUUCAUGUGAUGAACAAAGCACUCUAUCUGGCCGCUCAGGCGGGUGAUGCAAUAUUACAGGCCGAGGUAUUAGCGCGCAUGGAGAAAUACGACAUCAAGCCUACCAAAAAAUCGUACAUGUGCAUGAUCUGGUGCAUGCGAAAUAACAUGGAACUGGAACGAGCACUCGAUACGUUGGACGUGAUGGAGCAACAAAAAAUUGAACCAAGUGUCACCAGCUAUCUCCACAUCAUUGAUUUAGCUGUUCAUUCCGCCCAAUCUGCAGUAGCCUAUUAUUUACUCCAGAAAGCAGAACAUUUACCGGAAUUUGCAGCCAAAGACAAAUACCUGUACAUGCAAGUCUUACGCUGUGCCGCCGUCAAUGAUGAUUAUACUAUUGCGAAAGCGAGUUGGCAGGUAGCCGUGAAUGAAAAGAAAAUUCGACCGGAUGACGGGGUGUGUCUUCACGUUCUUCGACUUGCCGGCAAACAUGGGGAUGUACGAUUAGCGAACGAUGUGAUUCGACAAGUUGGAGAAAUGGGAUUUUGCUACACACAUAUGCACUUUGAACCUCUUGUGCAGGCCUUUGCAUCCACGAUGGAUCUGAAACGUACGUUUCGAAUAUUCAGCGUUAUGCGACAAACAGGGGUACAGCCGAACAAGAAUACAGCGGCGCCUGUUGUCUACAAGCUCGGACGCGAUGUCAACGCUAUUCGGCAAGCACGAGAAUCAUUGCUUGAACUUGCGCAGGAAGAUGCCGCUGAUAUCAUUGCUUUCAAUGCCAUUCUUCAUGCCUUUGCUUUCAACGGACAAACCGAAGAAACGAUCGAAACGUAUCGCAACGUUUCCAAAUUCCGUGUUACUCCCGACGUUGAUACCCUAAAUGCGGUGCUGGAUGCUUGCAUACAUUCCAAAAAUUAUGCCAACGGCGUGGAGAUUCUGAAGGAAUUUCAACAAGUGGGAAUAGCGAUGACGGCGACAAGUUUGAGCAAAAUGGUCACUUUAUCGUUGACUCAGGAUAACUAUGAAGACGCUUUCAAAUACCUGGAAGAGACCAAGAGUCUAGGCUUGGUUCCAUUGAGAGGCUGCUAUUACAUGCUGGUGAAAAAGUUGGCGAGGACAAACGAUCCGCGUCUGCCAACGGUGAUCGAAGAUAUGAAGGCCUGCGGCUACGAAAUCAGUACACAUAUUAAUACCCACAUAGAGCGUCAUUCUGAAGAGGUGGAUGAAGGAAAGAGGUCGCAGGAAAUGAACGCAGACUCAUAG